CUCUACCACUCUCCUUCUUUCGUCUCGUGUCUGUGACUCUAUUCCCUUCUUAUCUCGUCUGUUAUUUUGCUUUUUCCUUUUUUCUUCCAUCUUUGAAUCCUCCUCAAGGAGGAGAUUUUAUUCAUAGAGUUAGCUGAGGUUUGGCGUCGUUUCGUUUCAAAGGCGCUUGGCUUGGAAUCUUUAGCAGCGACCCAAGAUGAACUAUUGCGGCUUCCAACAGAGCUCCUUCACACCCUGCGAAGAGAUGAGGAGCGCUGUUUACAUCUCUGAUCGGAAAGAUGCGGUCGUUUGCCCUAAACCUCGGCGACUCGGUGGCUUCAACCAUGUGGUUCACGACCCUAGGCCGUUGAGAUGGCAGUUGAGCAAUCAUCAAGCGGAGCUGUGCGAUUCGACUGCAGGGUCGGAGCUUCUUGAUAUUAUUCUCACAAAGGGUGGUUAUGGUGCAGAACAGUCCACUCAAGUGCCCUCGUCGCCCCCGUUUUUCUGUGGGUCACCGCCGAGCAGGGCCACCAACCCGCUAAUCCAGGACGCCCGUUUUGGGGACGAGAAGUUGACCUCCUUGUCGCCGCUGCCGGCACCGGUCUCUGUGCCUACGAGACUUUCACCGUCACCAUCAUCCUCCGCAAGGAAGGGAGGCUGUGCACGCAUGAAAUUCGGGCCUAAGCCAGCGGCUGUGAGAGUUGAAGGGUUCGAUUGCCUCGACAGGGAUAGGCGAAACUGCAGCAUCCCGGCCGUAGCCUGAAAAGAAGAAUCCUUGCGUCCAUAAUCAAAAGGUACAUAGAAGAAAAGCUAAAAAAAAAAAAAAAAAACCACAACACCGACUGUUUUUUAUUUUUGGAAGAGGAGAAAGAGAGGAUCUAAUCGGUUUUUUUCGUAGAGAUGGACAAAAUAGAGAAGAGUUGAAAGAGGGGAUUCUGUUAUUUACUGUACAUAAAUGUCUUUCAUCGGCAAUCUUCGACGGUUAAUUAUCUUGUAUGUAUGUAUGUAACUAGAAGGAUGAUGAUGUAUGUAAGUAUGUUGAUGUUAUCAUCUUAUCAGAAAUAAAAAAGAGGAGGUGAGGAGUAAGGCUACAAGAAGCCAACAACCCUUUCUUCUUCUUUUAAGUUUCUUCAAUCUGUUUAGGUCUGUUAGAUGGUCUAGGAAGGGGUUUGGUUGGGGGUUGUUCUUUAGUGUGUGUCCCACUUCAUUUCCCCUCCCCCCUUGUGUAAUAUAAAGAAAGAUGGAGGGGGAAAGUGGUGGGAAAAGGAGAGGUAUUUUGGUUUAUGGGGUUUGAUUUAUUACCUUUGGGGGGCUUUUGGAGAGGAGAAUCUGUAAAAAGAAGGAAAUAUGUUAAAUUAUGGAGUCAUUCUCAGCUUGUAAAUAUAUUAAUGCCCUUUGUGGUGGUUGUCUGUCA